UUGAGCUUGAAGAGUGUUAUUAUUCACAACGUCACAGCGCACGUGAGGAGAAACAGCAGCAGAGAUGGAUGCAGAAGACACAGGCCUCAUUUAGAGCAAUUACGCAGCAAGGCAGCAUGCCAUCCAAGCACAGUAUAUAACCAAACAUAGCCACUUAAUAGCACAAAAAGCCAGCUCCUACCUUACAGAAGCGAAGCAUUGAGUUUGAAGAGUCUCCACAGAACCUCCACAGCUCAGGCAUGAAGCGUUGCUUCGGGUCGGACGCCAAUCACGUUGAUUCUUCAUCGUUAGAAUGGUUGAAAGAACCUUAUUUAUACAGUCUAUGGAAAUAUCGGUGGAAAUCCAACACUUUCUCAGGCAAAGUGAGAUACUGUCCCCCUCUCUGCAGCCUGAGACAUGACAGGUGAUGGCUCUCUUCGCCGUCAACGCCGCCGACACUGAAACUGAGGGGGAUUUGGGGCACGACAGCCACGCCGCCUCAUCUAUCAUUAUCCAUCUCCAUGACAGUUGUGAUAGCAGCUCCGGACCAAGGCAGAGAGAGAGAGAGAGAGCCGAGGGGGAGGUGUGUGUGUUUGUGUGUCAGACGGUAUUCCUGCUUGUCUCGCUCCACCAGUUAAGUUGAAUCGUAGGCAGUCACUGGCACACUGCGGUGGUCUCUCCUCCUCUUCUGUGUAUCCGACUGUGGGAGCAUCAGCAGCCUCCUGGUUCAACAACGCAGGACUUGCCGAGGCCCCUUGCCCAAGGCCUGUAUCAGUCACCACAGAAGCACCCUGCCGACAGGGCCCCCUGUUUAAGAGUCCUAGGAACUGGCACUUAAAAAGAGGGGAAAAUGCAGAACAUAACGGCAGGAGCGACAGAAGGGAUAAAUCUGACAUGCGGCAUGUCUGGAGGCCACAAAUUCAUCUACACCCUGGUGCCUAUCGUCUACGGCAGCAUCUUUGUCAUCGGCAUUGUGGGAAACAGUAUGGUGGUGGCUGUCAUCUACUGCUACAUGAAGCUCAAGACGGUGGCCAACAUUUUUGUGCUCAAUCUGGCCAUCUCUGACCUCACCUUCCUCAUCACACUACCCAUGUGGGCCACGUUCACAGCUUCAGGCUACCAUUGGCCCUUCGGAGGAUUCCUGUGUAAGGCCAGUGCAGGGCUGGUGAUUUUUAACCUCUACACCAGCAUCUUCUUCCUCACCGCGCUAAGCAUUGACCGCUACCUCGCCAUCGUCCACCCUGUGAGAUCACGCAGGUUCCGCACUGUGGUGUAUGCUCGUGUCACUUGUGUAGUGAUCUGGCUUUUUGCUUUCCUGCUCAGUGUGCCCACAGCUCUGACCAGGGACGUCCACAACAUCAAAGAUUUUAACACCACAGUGUGCGGCAUCCUGCACCAAAAUAUUAAAAACGCCAUGAGGUUGAAGGAGCUUCUGCUGGCCAUCAGCCUCAUGAAGAGCCUACUGGGCUUCCUCAUACCCUUUGUCAUCAUCAUCACCUGUUACUGCCUCAUCGGACGGGCGCUGCUGGGGGCCAGACACAUCCAGAAAAGCUCCCGCUCUCGUGAUGACGAAGUACUGCGCAUGCUCGCAGCAGCCGUACUUGCCUUCUUCCUGUGCUGGAUGCCCCAUCAGGUGUUCCACUUUAUGCAGGUGCUCACCCAGCUGAUCCUGGUGGAGAACUGUGCCAUCAUUGAAAUCAUCGACACCGCCAUGCCCUUCACCAUCUGCAUCGCUUACUUCAACAGCUGCGUUAACCCCAUCGUGUAUGGCUUCGUCGGGAACAACUUUCGUAAGAACUUGCUGCGUCUGCUGCGCUGCACACCCAGAGGGGCGACAGGGCCACACCCGAGCAUCAGCUCCAAGAUGAGCUCCUUCUCUCUCCGGGCCUCUGAGGCUUUGAGUCUCACAGUCAAAAGUAAAGCGUCCUCUGAUGUUAAGUGAUAAAAAAACAGUACAAGUUAAUCUCCCUGCUCUUCCUGUACGGGGUUAUCGGGCCAGGGACGGAGACAUUCCAUACUUUAAAACCCUAACUGUAUAACCAAGCACUGAACCAUGCAGAAUGGUUAAAUGUUGUAUUCUUGUCCCUGUGUGAGUAAGCCUAAGAGACAUUUUCUACCUUGUAAAGUUCUUGUUAUCCACAAGCCAUCAUGUCACACAACACACAUGUUUGUCAUACUCAUGCAAGCAUACGUUUCUUUCCCCGCUUGUGAAAUGAAUGUUGAAAAAAGAAAACAGGAAUUUACUGUAAUGAUGGAGUGUUCCUCUGCUGGAAAAAAAAUACUAUACAUAAUUACACAUAGCUUAUCCCAUUAUUUAUAUAAGAAAUGCAUGUUCUGCAGGAUUUUGUCUCCAAUGUGCCUCAAGCGUACAGUGCAGUAAUAUAUUGUCCAGUGAUAACCACUCUGUGUGCUCAGCAGGUCGUUCACCAGUUGGAACAGUGAUCAAGUGCUCGGCUAAGAUGCCAAAACAAAAAAAAACAGCAAAUUAAAGAAAAAAAAGCCUCCCAAGUAUGCUUCACUAGCAGCUUGAACAAUUGGGGAAAGUGUAGCAAAGAAGUGAUGUAAGUUCAUGUCAACAUAAAGGACCAUGUUUGACUAUGAUAACAAGCAUCUGCAUGCUGAAGUCAAAAUAUGUGCUCCUUGUGAAAAUGUAAGUGUUUGCAUAAGAUUGCGAUGCUGAAUUAGUGGGAGUAAAACGCUGUACAAGUGAAUCACUCCAGGUUGUGUGAUCAUUGUCAAUAUAUCUGGUGGUUGUCUUGUGGUAUUUAAACAUGUUGAUAGUUUUAUUUCUUACUCUUUAAGUGUACAGUUUGUAAAUAUAUGAUUAUAUGAAUAAAAUAUUCAA